GGAUUCGAGAGCGAGCCUCGCCCAUUUCACUUGCAAGCGGAAAACAGGCAACGUAUUUAAACCUACGGGCCGCAGGAAUCGCACUCAGUCGGUGGUUGUUGAUCGUCACGAACACUACUCGCACUUAAUUCACUCGAUUCAGCUCAUUGUAGUUCGUCGCAGGGGCUGUGAGUUGCGAAUCAAAUUCAAAUCGUCUAAUCGACUAAUUUACCCGAUAAUUAAUUAAUUAAGCCAAUUUCAAAGCGUGCUCAUUUAACAUUGUGACAAUAAACAAAAGUUGCCAAACCGAAAAUCUGUAACAUCGCAGAAAAAAAAAGAAUAUCAGCGCCGAGCAAGUGAAGUAAACCAUCUGAAAUCCGCACGGUUCGCGAGCAGCUCUCCCGGUGGAGCUAUGAUGACCACGACGACCUCGCAGCACCACCAGCACCACCCAAUCAUGCCGCCAGCCAUGCGCCCCGCCCCCGUUCAGGAGAGUCCUGUCUCACGCCCCCGCGCCGUCUACAGCAUCGAUCAGAUCCUGGGAAAUCAGCACCAGAUCAAGCGCAGUGAUACUCCCAGCGAAGUGCUGAUUACGCAUCCCCACCACGGUCAUCCGCAUCACAUCCAUCAUUUGCACAGCAGCAACAGCAACAGCAGCGGCAGCAAUCACUUGUCGCAUCAGCAGCAGCAGCAGCUUCAGCAGCAGCAGCAGCAGCACCACUCGCAACAGCAACACCACUCGCAGCAGCAGCAACAAUUGCAGGUUCAGGCCAAGCGAGAGGACUCCCCAACGAAUACGGACGGCGGCCUGGACGUGGAUAACGACGACGAGCUGUCCUCCAGUCUGAACAAUGGCCAUGAUCUCAGCGAUAUGGAGAGGCCGCGAAAAGUUCGAAGAUCUCGCACAACAUUUACAACAUUUCAAUUGCAUCAGCUGGAGCGAGCCUUCGAGAAGACCCAGUAUCCCGAUGUGUUCACAAGGGAGGAUCUGGCCAUGCGAUUGGAUUUGAGCGAAGCACGCGUGCAGGUGUGGUUCCAGAACCGUCGGGCUAAAUGGCGCAAACGUGAGAAGUUUAUGAAUCAGGACAAGGCCGGCUACCUUCUGCCCGAACAAGGUCUGCCAGAGUUUCCGCUGGGCAUUCCCCUGCCGCCACAUGGACUUCCGGGUCAUCCGGGCUCGAUGCAGUCGGAGUUCUGGCCCCCGCACUUUGCCCUCCACCAGCACUUUAAUCCCGCUGCAGCCGCUGCCGCCGGCUUGCUGCCCCAGCACCUGAUGGCGCCCCACUACAAGCUGCCCAACUUCCACACCCUGCUCUCCCAGUACAUGGGCCUGAGCAAUCUGAACGGGAUCUUUGGAGCGGGCGCAGCUGCAGCGGCGGCGGCAGCAUCCGCCGGCUAUCCGCAGAACCUUUCGCUGCACGCCGGACUCUCCGCGAUGAGCCAGGUGAGCCCGCCCUGCAGCAACAGCAGUCCGCGCGAGAGUCCCAAGCUAGUGCCUCAUCCCACGCCGCCCCAUGCCACGCCCCCAGCGGCCGGCAGCGGGGGCGGUGGACUGCUCGCGGGCGGACUGAUCUCGACGGCCGCCCAAUCGCCCAGCAGCGCGGCAGGAGCCAGCAGCAACGCCUCCACUCCCGUUUCCGUGGUCACCAAGGGCGAGGACUGAACGCUGUUCCGUGAUAUUUGGAUUCGUUAUGUACAUAUAUAGAUACACUUAUGUACUUGUAGAUACUUCUAGUUUUAUUCAUGGUCACAUAGCCCUGCACUGUAAGAUAUCUGCAGCUUUGUCUAUUGCCAAAGUUAACGUAGUUGUAACACCUAAAGAAUUAUCUAUCUGUAAGCGGCCUUUGGGCGUGCAUAAUGGUAGUCUAUCCACUAAGGAAAACUGUCGAGAAAUAAACGAUAUGAAAAGA